AUGGAUUAUAUGUUUGAACAAGGAUACAACAUUACGGAGUAUGAAGCAGCAUGGCAUCUCACAGAGUACAGGAGGCAAAAUAAGCACUAUUGGAGUCUGGCGUACGAGAAUAUCUCUGCAGGGCCUAACGCGACUCUUCCCCACUAUUUGCCUAUGAAAUAUGGCGCCUGGAUGAUUGAGCGAGAUACGCCUACCUCAAGUGAGCAUCGAGAUGAUUCUGGAGGUCAAUAUCGUGAUGGCACCUGUGACACAACACGCACAAGUCAUUUUGGAAGGCCAUCAGUAGACCAAUCGGAAGCCUACACCCGUGUUUUGCAGGGUCAUAUUGCCAUCGAUAGCGCAGUAUUCCCGGAGGGAACCACCAGCUCCCAACUCGAUGACGGACUUAAUUACAUGCACGGCACUGGCCACGGUCUUGGCUCGUUCUUAAACGUUCAUGAAAGCCCAUACAGGUUUUCCAGCAGCGUUGCUCUUGUUCCUGGACACGUCAUAACAAACGAGCCUAGUAUCUGCCGGUGGGGAAUGCGCAUUGAAUCUGUGUUGGCUAUUCACAGAGUUAAGGUUUGUUGA